AUGCCCGCAUUGAAGCUCCCCACACGCGCUCUGCGCCCAACGUGGUGUCCACGACCGCAAUGGCAGCCCACACGCAUGCUCUCCCAAACCUCCCGACUACGCGCCGCGACACCCAAAGACGACGGCGAAAACCUCAACUCGAUCUCGCGCCACGUCACCCAGCCGAAAUCCCAAGGCGCAUCGCAAGCAAUGCUCUACGCCACCGGCCUCACCGAAGCCGACAUGUCGAAAGCGCAAGUCGGCAUUUCGUCCGUCUGGUACAGCGGCAACCCGUGCAACAUGCACUUGAUGGACUUGAGCCACAAGGUGAAAGAGGGUGUGCAGAAGGCGGGACUCUUGCCUAUGCAGUUCAACACCAUUGGUGUCAGUGAUGGUAUUUCCAUGGGCACGAAGGGGAUGCGGUACAGCUUGCAGAGUCGGGAUUUGAUUGCGGAUAGCAUUGAAACGGUCAUGGGUGGGCAGUGGUAUGAUGCCAAUAUCAGUCUGCCGGGUUGCGACAAGAAUAUGCCGGGGGUGAUUAUGGCCAUGGGAAGGGCGAACCGGCCGAGCAUCAUGGUCUAUGGAGGUACGAUUGCACCCGGCUGCGGAUCGAAGCCUCGGAACAGCAAGCUGGACAUUGUGUCUGCUUUCCAAUCUUAUGGACAGUACAUUGCCGGCGAGAUUGACGAGGAGGAGCGCUUCGACAUCAAUCGCCAUGCUUGCCCGGGUGCCGGAGCAUGCGGCGGCAUGUACACCGCCAACACCAUGGCGUCGGUGAUUGAGGUAAUUGGCAUGACAUUACCCGGCUCUUCCUCGAACCCUGCCGUGAGCAAAGCAAAGGAACAGGAAUGUCUCUCCGCUGGCGCUGCCAUCCGCAAUCUCCUCAAGGAGGACAUCAGACCGUCGGACAUUAUCACUCGAAGGGCACUGGAAGACGCGAUGGUGCUGGUCAACAUCACAGGCGGCAGCACCAACGCCGUCCUUCACCUCCUCGCCAUUGCACACAGCGUCGGCGUGCAACUCAGCAUCGACGACUUCCAAUCCGUCUCCGACCGCACCCCCUUCCUCGCAGACUUGAAACCAUCCGGCAAGUACGUGAUGGAAGACCUCUACAACAUUGGCGGCACACCUUCCCUCAUCAAACUCCUCCUCAAAGAAGGCCUCAUCGACGGCAGCCGCAUCACCGUCACCGGCCGCACAUUAGCCGAAAACGUGGAGAAGGCGCCCGACUUCCCCGCCGACCAAGACAUCAUUCGCCCUCUGUCCAACCCCAUCAAGAGCACCGGCCACAUCCAGAUCCUCCGCGGCUCGCUCGCCCCAGGCGGCAGCGUAGGCAAAAUCACCGGCAAAGAAGGCACAGUCUUCACCGGCAAAGCGCGCUGCUUUGACGCAGAAGACGACUUCAUUGCCGCGCUGGAAGCGAAGACGUUCAAAAAGGGCGAGAAGGUGGUCGUCAUCAUUCGUUAUGAAGGACCGAAAGGUGGACCCGGCAUGCCGGAGAUGCUCAAACCCUCCUCCGCCAUCAUGGGCUACGGACUGGGGAACGAUCUUGCCCUAAUCACCGACGGUCGCUUCUCGGGCGGCUCGCACGGCUUCUUGAUUGGACACGUUACGCCCGAAGCGCAGCAGGGCGGACCUAUUGGCCUAGUGCGCGAUGGAGACACAAUAACGAUUGAUGCGGAGAAGCGCGCGAUUGAUAUCAUAGAUCAGAGUCCUGAGGAGCUGGAGCGGAGGAAGAAGGAGUUCCAGGCGCCACCGUUGAAGUACCAGAAGGGCACGCUGUACAAGUAUGCGAAGAUUGUGAGUGAUGCUAGUCAUGGGUGUAUCACUGAUGGUUGA